AUGGGUCCAAACGAUGAGUUACUGGUGGCAGACGAUGAGUUGCUGGUGGCAGACGAUGAGUUACUGGUAGUAGACAAUGAGUUACUGGUGGCAGACGAUGAGUUACUAGUGGCAGACGAUGCGUUACUGGUAGCAGACGAUGAGUUACUGGUGGCAGACGAUGAGUUACUGGUGGCAGACGAUGAGUUACUGGUGGCAAACGAUGGGUUACUGGUGGCAGACGAUGAGUUACUAGUGGCAGACGAUGAGUUACUGGUGGCAGACGAUGAGUUACUGGUGGCAGACGAUGAGUUACUGGUGGCAAACGAUGAGUUACUAGUGGCAGACGAUGCGUUACUGGUAGCAGACCAUGAGUUACUGGUAGCAGACGAUGAGUUACUGGUAGCAGACGAUGAGUUACUGGUGGCAGGCGAAGAGUUACUGGUAGCAGACGAUGAGUUACUGGUAGCAGACGAUGAGUUACUGGUGGCAGACGAUGAGUUACUGGUAGCAGACGAUGAGUUACUGGCAGCAGACGAUGAGUUACUGGCAGCAGACGAUGAGUUACUGGUGGCAGACGAUGAGUUACUGGUGGCAGACGAUGAGUUACUGGUAGCAGACGAUGAGUUACUGGUGGCAGACGAUGAGUUACUGGUGGCAGACGAUGAGUUACUGGUAGCAGACGAUGAGUUACUGGUGGCAGACGAUGAGUUACUGAUAUCAGACGAUGAGUUACUGGUAGCAGACGAUGAGUUACUGGUGGCAGACGAUGAGUUGCUGGUGGCAGACGAUGAGUUACUGGUAGCAGACGAUGAGUUACUGGCAGCAGACGAUGAGUUACUGGUAGCAGACGAUGAGUUGCUGGUGGCAGACGAUGAGUUACUGAUAUCAGACGAUGAGUUACUGGUAGCAGACGAUGAGUUACUGGUAGCAGACGAUGAGUUGCUGGUGGCAGACGAUGAGUUACUGGUAGCAGACGAUGAGUUACUGGCAGCAGACGAUGAGUUACUGGUAGCAGACGAUGAGUUACUGGUGGCAGACGAUGAGUUACUGCUGGCAAACGAUGAGUUACUGGUGGCAGACGAGAAAUUACUGAUAGCAGAAGAUUAG